AUUAAACCUCUGCAACUUCAAGUUCCUUAUGUUACUAAUCAUUGUUUCGUUGUUGUGUUUCAGAUUCACUUCCAGUUCUAGGUUCAGGAUGCAACCCCCGAAAGUACUUGUCUGGCAAAUGUGGAACAUUGAGUAAAGUGGGUGUUCUUAUUGCAGAUUUGAAAUAUGGCCAUUGAGAUCACAGAUGUUGAUGAUGCAUGUUUAUGGGGACCAACUGUAGAGAAGAUUUUCAUCGAUAUCAUGGUUGAUGAAGUGAAUAAAGGAAAUAUGGCAAGUGGUCAAUUUGGCUCAAAAACAUGGGCGGAAAUUCUUGAGGAGUUGCAAAUUAAAAGUAAGCGGAAAUACUUAAUUAAACAAAUUAAGCAAAAGUUCAAUAGGUUGCGCACUAAGUAUCGUGAGUUUGCUGAGUUGUUGAAACAAACUGGAUUUGGAUGGGAUCGUGAAACCAAUACUGUGGUUGCUUCUGAGGAAAUAUGGCAGAAUUAUCUAAGGGCACACCCAAAGGCAACACAAUAUCGCAAGAAAGGAUGUGAUCAUUUUGUAUUGUUGGAACUAAUUUUUAGUAAGUCAACUGCCACUGGCCAGUUCCAUCGUUCUGCUGAUUCAGGUCCGCCCAACACUGAUGAUGAAAAGGAAAUGGAGAAUGAAUUUGAUCGCAUAGACACCCAUGAUAUUGAUGAGAAUGAUUCUACUAGUUGCUCUCGGCUUGUUGAUGAUGCUUUUAAACGUUCAACAAAAAAUUCAACAACUACAAGUACAGAGCGAAGAGCUAAGAGACAAAGAUCACAACAAAUGAGUGAUGCAAUUGUUGCAUGGACUGAGGUAGCUAAAGUAAGAGCAGAGGCCACUUUAGCUAAAGCUGAAAAAUACAAGAGUACAACCGAAGGAGGAGGAAGCCAAAAUCAUGAGUUUUCUCUCACAAAUUGUAUGCAAAUCCUCGAAGGAAUGGAAGAAGUCAGUGAUGAUGCCUACAUGAAAGCUGUUGAGAAAUUUAAGGAUCCAGAUUGGAGAGAGAUUUUUAUUAAUAUGUCUACUAUUAGAAAGAGAGCUUGGUUAGAUAGGCUUUGACUAUACUGUGAUAUGUUUGACUGUGUAGGCUUUGAGUUUUACUUUAUGCGUGCUUGACAUUAUUAUAGUAUGUUAUGUUAAGAUAAUCUAGUGGAGACUUUGUUAUUGGUUUCAAAUACGUAUUGUUUUUUUCUAAGUUUAUUAUGCAUGUCAAAUAAUUUGCAGGAUUCAGAGUAAUCAAAUGGAUGAUUCUAGUUCAUCUUCUGCA